AUAAAUUAUAAUAUGAUAGCAAAAACCAUUGUGAAAGUUGCUUCGUCGUCAUCUCGAAUGGUUGACGCGACAACAAGGCGUCGACUGAGAAGAGAAUAAAACUCCAUAUAGGAACUCUUAUUAUAGAAAUAAAUAGCUUCUUCCACAUAUAUUUUUUUAGUGUAAAUUAGUUGCGUCUUUUUUUUCGGAAUCGGGUGCUCGCAUAAUCAAUUAGAUUGAAUCCAAUUGUAUGCUUUUGCUUGGUCAAAAGCAUUUCCAGUGUAAAAUGUAAUGUUGGAUUUAAUCAUAAUUGGCUAUUAACACGAGUAUCCCAAAGUCUACGAAAUCAAUAUACGAUAUUUAUUUGUAGUCCCUUUAUAUAUAGUUGUAUAUAUACAGUUCAAAUGGAAACUCUGCUAUAACUUCGAUUGAGUUAAAUUUGUUAAUUAUACAAACACACAUUCGCACACAUGAGUUCACAUCAAGAUGCAAGUUAUAAAAUGGAGAUGGCUAAUGUCAAAUUGGCUGAACGUGAAGAGCCGGAGAAUAAGAGGGUUAAGUUAACGGACGAAGCUGAAUCCUGCCAAUCUCUAAUGGACGAUCAUGCUAAAGCUAUGAAGAACGCAGGGUUUUCCCUUAGCGCCAUAGAGGAAAUGCGAAAUCGAGCGGAGGAGGAUAGCAAUAGCCAAGCAUUGGAUCAACAGUUGAGACAUUUUCAGGUUCUGGAUGAAGUCGGCUCAAAUUCGGAUGAUGAUGAGGAGGAUAAUGGCAGUGAAAAUGGAGAUGGUGCUGUCAGCAGUCAACAGAAUGGAGAUGAUGACGAUGCAGGUGAUGAGUCAUCGGAAUUGGACUUGGACGAUGAAGAAAUUGAACAUUUGUUGGAUGAAAAUCUGCCGGAUGAUUUGAAGGGAUCGAAAAAACCAAAAUAUGAGGAAAGAUUUAAGACUGUAUUGGAAGAAAAGAGGCACAAUCAUUUUGAAGUUUUGCCCGAAGGAUGGGUGCAAGUCACGCACAAUAGUGGCAUGCCUUUGUAUUUGCACAAAAAGACACGAGUGAUAUCCACGACCAGACCAUAUUUUUUGGGCACGGGUAGUGCUAGGAAACAUGCCAUUCCAGUAGGUUCAAUUCCCUGUUUAAAUUAUCGAAGAGCCUUGGCCGAAGAGGCUGAAGCCGAACAAAGAAAAGCCCAAGAAAUAACUAGCCAAGAGGAAGCGGCCACCGAUGUUGUCUCCUCCACUGUAUCCAGCUCAAAAUGUCCUUUUGGAUUUUCAGCCUCUUCUAAUUUAGAUGAUAUUAGUAGCAUGACUUCGCCGCCAGCACCACCACUGCCAACCCAGCAACCUUCAGCAACUGAAGUGGAGGGUGAACAAAACAGUUUGCCCUCCAGUAACAAUGGAAAUACAAAUGAAAAUGAAUCUUCUAGCACCACCACGGCGGAUGCAAAUUCCUCGAUUGGCAAUACUGUCGAUACCAAUUCCAAUGUGAACAAAGAUAAAUUACGAAGUCUGGUGCCAGCUGCCAAAAUAGUUACCGUCAAUGAAAAUAUCCAAAAAGAAUCUCUUACCCCCGAUCAAUUCAAUCAGUAUUGUCAGAAAAUCUUCAAAUUUCGUGUUAUACGUGUCUUGCGUUUUCGCUCGUGGAAUGCUCGACGCAAAUUCACCAAAAAUCGAAAAAAUCUCAAAAACAUCCAAAGACCAACACUGCCAGAUGGUACAAAACUCAUAAAGUUUCCCGUGCUGGUACCGGGCGAUGGUAAAUCCAAUCCUCGCGCCCGCCGCGAAUGGAUUAUGAAUCCAAGUGGCAAGAGCUUUGUGUGCAUAUUGCAUGAGUAUGUGCAGCAUGCCUUGAAGAAGCAGCCCACUUAUGAGUUCAAGGAGUUGGAAAAUGCUGCCACUCCAUAUGCAGCCACGGUGUCGAUAAAUGAUUUGAAAUAUGGCACCGGCUAUGGGACAAGCAAGAGGCAGGCAAAAUCAGAGGCAGCCAGAGAGACAUUAGAAAUUCUUAUACCUGAAAUGAAGGAUAAAAUAACGGGAGUCAAACAGGAUAAAAGUGCGGUGGCAAAGAGUAAUCAAAAGGAUCUGUCGGUUUUCGAUGACAUACGAAUAGAAGACCCCCGUGUCACCGAGUUUUGUAAUAAAACCACAGAACCCACACCCCAUGCCAUUCUACUGACAUGCCUUCAACGCAACUAUGGCCUGGGCGAUGAUGUUCAAAUUAACUAUGAGAUCAAUCGAACGCAUAGCAAAAAGAAUGAGUUCACCAUGACGGUGGGAAAGCAUACGGCCAAAGUAUUGUGUAAGAAUAAACGUGAAGGUAAACAAUUAGCCUCUCAAGCCAUUCUUCAGAUUCUACAUCCGCACAUUAAAACGUGGGGUUCGCUGCUACGUCUCUACGGUAAUAAUUCCAUUAAAACGUUCAAGGAAAAGAAACAAGAAGAACAGGAAAUUACAGUGCUCCAAAGCAAGGCAGCUAUUAAUCAACCCAAUUAUGCCAUUCUGGAUAAAUUGAGGAUGGAAAUGUUAAAGCUCUCCGAAAAGAACAAAUCGGUUCUGUGUAAGGGCACAUUUAUACCACCCAGUGAUGUAGAUUUGCCUUCGUCAUCAGGUUCCAAUUUGAACAAUGUUGAACUUUAACAUCAUAUACAACUGGCAACUACUCCAACAUGAAGAUUAAACAAAGUAGAGUUGUUACUUCGUGAUAGGCACAAUGUUACUCUCUCUCUCCCCCUCUUUCUCUCGAUCGACGGAAUGUGUACUUAUUAAACGUUGUGAUUAAAAAAAAAACAAAAACAAAAAAAAAACAUUUCCUAAACUUAAGUAUUUGAAAACAAUACAAUGACACAAUUAUGACAAACAUUUUAACAA